AUGCCGGGCCGCCUCAGAGUCCAGCGGCCUUCUCCAACAACGGUCAGCUUCACUGUUUCCAAUGCGCCGCGCCGCGCCAACUCCCCCGCGAAGAUCCUCUUCGGCCUCCAGAUCCUCCUACGCGCGAUUCUCUUUUGCUGUGUGAUCCUCGUCAUAGUCGUGCAGAUGCGAAAUUACUUCUUCUUCAAAGAAGGUGGUUGGCUAGAGUACUGGAAAGCCAUUUGGUCGACUCCCCUCGGGGCUCGUGUUUGCCGUUCGGUGGACUCCUAUAACCCAUGGGUUAUCACCGCACUAAGCCCCCUGGUGAUAUAUGGGGUUUUCAGGAGAGGUUAUACAGAGGAAUCACUUCUAGUGAUUCGAGGCUUCGGGAUCCAGACUUCCACUUCCUCUUCCACUUACCUCUCAACGGCUGCCACGCGCUUUAUCCCUACAACACAGAUCCAAGACAUUGUGAUACAUGAGGCUUUCAAGGGCUUUGAGGUCCGAUUCUACCUCGCCGUUAUUGUGGAAGGAGAGCCGGAGGUGUUGGUAGUAUUUCCAAAAUUGUUACCGAAGCGAGAAAUCUUAGAAGAAGUCUGGAGGGGUUCGCGCCGCUGUCUCUAUGAUGCGAAGUCAUGA